CGACAGCGGGCGCUCGCAGCCCCCGCACGCCGCCGCCGGGCGCGCUGCCCCGGACGCCGCCGCCGCCGCCCGCGGGCGCCCAUGGAAGAGCGGGGCGAGCGCUGCCCCCCGGCUCCGCGCCCCGGCGCAAAGUUUUUGCUUGAGAAAUACACAUCCGCUCAGCAAAACAAAAACCACUUUUAAGUGUUGUUCUUGGUGGAAAUCGCUCUAUGCCCUAUUACCCGCUUGAGUGAAAGCAGACUAAGAACUUCUGUCAUGGCAGCUUUUCUGCUGGGAGCUGUGUUGCUUAUUGUUCAACCUCAGAUAGUGCCUUCCAGACCAGCUAUAAAUUCAAAUGCUGAGACUUCUUCUCAGUCUGUUCAGAGAGAGCUUUUAAAGAAAAUGUCUCAGAAAAAUGACUUCAAGGAAAACAUUCAUUCUAAUGGAUCAUGUCAGCAACUGCCACAGACUAUUAUUAUUGGAGUGAGAAAAGGUGGAACAAGAGCUUUGUUAGAGAUGUUGAGUCUCCAUCCAGAUAUUGCAGCAGCAGAAAAUGAAGUUCACUUCUUUGACUGGGAAGAUCAUUACAGGAAUGGAUUGCAGUGGUAUAUUAAUCAAAUGCCAUUCUCGUAUCCCCAUCAGAUCACCGUGGAAAAAACUCCAGCAUAUUUCACAUCACCUAAAGUGCCUGAAAGAGUUUAUAACAUGAACCAAUCCAUGAGACUACUCCUUAUUUUAAGAGACCCAAGCGAAAGAGUACUAUCAGAUUAUACCCAAGUGUUCUACAACCACAUGCAGAAGCACAAGCCGUACCCAUCCAUUGAGCAAUUCCUGAUAAAAAAUGGUGAACUCAAUGUGGACUACAAGGCAAUAAACAGAAGCUUAUACUACAUUCACAUGCAGAACUGGCUGAAGUAUUUUCCUCUUGAUCAUAUCCACAUUGUAGAUGGGGAUAAACUAAUCAAAGAUCCCUUUCCAGAAAUAGAAAAGGUGGAGAGAUUUCUGAAGCUAUCACCACAGAUAAAUGCUUCAAACUUUUAUUUCAAUAAAACUAAGGGAUUCUACUGCCUGAGGGACAGUGGCAGAGAGCGCUGUUUACAUGAGUCCAAAGGACGAGCGCACCCACAAGUAGAUACCUGGUUACUUGAGAAACUGCAGGAACAUUUCCAUGAACCCAACAAGAAGUUUUUUGAGCUUGUGGGCAGAACAUUUCACUGGCACACAUUUGUGGCAAGUUAGUGGUAAGCUUCAGAACCUAAGUUCCAGUGUACAGUUAGAAGACUUAAAAAGGGCAUUUAAGCUAUUAUUUAUUUGUAAAAUCCAUAAAUACUUCUGUACAGUAUUAGAUUCACAAUUGCCAUAUAUACUAGUUAUAUUUUUCUACUUGUUAAAUUUGAAAGCAUUUUGUAUUGUUUUUCAUGGUUGUUAACAUUGUGUAUGAUGUGUCUAUAUGAAGAAACUAAAUUAUUUCAUUGCAGAAGGUGCUCUCUUGAGAAUGUGUUGUCUUUUUAAUAAAUAGGAAAUUAAUUUCGACAACAUUUCUGAAUUAUUUGACUACUUUGGCCUUCCUGGACUAUUUUCUCUAAUUGCUAAUGAAUAUGCUAAAUUUUACCUUUCCAGUUUUCUUAGUUUAAAGUUUGAAUUAAUAAUUUCUUUUCAAUUUGAAAAUACUCUUGCAGUUAACAAAUUGUUCAAUCCUGCUUUAUGAAAUUAUUUCCUGUCAAGUGGUGGUACUUAACACAUGCUGGGAAACACACACCCAAAGGACAAUGGAAGUAUCUGUGUAAUUUGGUAUAUUAACUGCUGUAUUUAACAUUCAUAUUCACUGUUAUAACAAGUGCUCCUCAAUUCUUUGGCAGUACAGUGCAGGUUUCCUGGCAGAUUUUUAAAGAUUCUGUGGGGCCCAGCUCAUAAAAUACAGGUAGCUGUAGAAAUAUGGUCAACCUGAAAACUUUCAGUCUCUGAAUGUAUGCAUACUUCAUAACGAGGUAUGGUUGCGAGAAUUUAAGCAAUAUAGAGACUUAUUCAAGGCUGCUUUUUACUGUUCCUACAUUUCAUAGCACAUUUACGCUUUACCAUCACUGAAAAUAAACACACCAGAAAAAUUAGUUGGUCUACAUUCCAGUAAGCAGCAACUUCAUUCAUAUAAAUAUUACCACAUUUCUCCCCUACUUAAGGCUGCUUUCUGUGAGUUUUCAGUUGCUUCAUGCAACUUAAAAUUGCUUAUGGACUACUGUUUGUUUAAUUUCCUUCCAAGAACUGUGAUGCCAGGUCUUGAUUAGAUGUGUGUUGUGAGAUUAACCCAAAUUCCAGGAACUUGCCUUGUUUUCCAGCUGCUAAAAAUGGCAGUUAGUACAUUGAUAAAGACUGCAGCUGUCCUUAUCUGCAGUGGUUAUGAUGUCUUGUUAACCAUCAGUUUCUGGACUUAGAGUUAAUCCAGUUUCCACACAAGGCUUCUUACAGUACUUUAAAUCCAAGCUACUGAUUUUUAUUUCAUGAUCUUGAGUUUAGUUGUUGAAUGUGCAAUGGCAACACCCCGUAAAUUUGAACUUGUAGCUGAUUGUUACAAUCCUUUAUGAAACUUAAAUGUAGAUUGAUUCAUUUUUUUCUGGUGACCUAGUGCAAACUUGGGCACUAUGACAAGGUAUUGUCUGGAUGUAGAUAUCCCAUAUUAUGCCUCUUGCAUGAAAAUUUGCAGACGCUGUCCACCUCUCUCCCACUCCUUGUGCACCUGCCCAAGCUGUAUUCAACCUCAGAGAGGUUGGUGGUGUUUUAUAAAGCCUACAAUGAAAUGGUAUUUACUCAAUAAAAUAUUUUCUGAAUUGCA